AUGGCAGCCGCUAGACCCCUCGUCACCGUCCAGGCACUGGACUCCGACAUGGCCACCGAUUCCCCAACAUCCCUACCCAUCCCCGACGUAAUGCGCGCCUCAAUUCGCCCUGACAUCGUCAAUUUCGUCCACUCAAACAUGUCCCACAAUAGCCGCCAACCCUACGCCGUCAGCCGCAAAGCCGGUCACCAAACCUCCGCCGAAUCAUGGGGAACUGGUCGUGCCGUCUCCCGUAUCCCUCGUGUCGCCGGUGGAGGAACCCACCGUGCAGGUCAAGCUGCCUUCGGAAACAUGUGUCGCGGUGGUCGUAUGUUUGCUCCGACCAGGAUCUGGCGCAGAUGGCACCGCAAGAUCAAUGUCAACCAGAAGCGUUACGCAGUGGUCUCAGCCAUAGCUGCAUCUGCUGUUCCUUCCCUUGUUCUCGCUCGUGGUCACAGGAUCGAAGCCGUUCCUGAAUUCCCUCUCGUUGUUGGUGAUUCCGCUGAAGGAGUGGAGAAAACAAAGGAAGCUAUCAAGGUUUUGAAAAAGAUCGGAGCUUUUCCCGACGCCGAGAAAGCUAAGGAUAGUCACGGAAUUCGUCCCGGAAAAGGUAAAAUGCGUAACCGUCGAUAUAUCUCUCGGAAAGGACCUUUGAUUGUUUACAGUAACGAAGGAGCCAAAGCUGUUAAAGCUUUUAGGAACAUUCCUGGUGUUGAAAUUGCCAAUGUUGAGAGACUUAAUCUUUUGAAACUUGCACCUGGUGGACAUUUAGGUAGAUUUGUUGUUUGGACUAAGUCUGCAUUUGAGAAACUUGAUUCGAUUUAUGGGUCUUUUGAUAAGGCUUCUGACAAGAAAAAGGGGUAUGUUUUACCUAGGGCAAAGAUGACUAAUUCUGAUUUGACUAGGAUUAUUAACUCUGAUGAAGUUCAAUCUGUUGUGAGACCUAUUAAGAAGGAUCUUAAGAGGGCCACUCUUAAGAAGAAUCCUCUUAAGAAUCUUAAUGUUAUGCUUAGACUUAAUCCUUAUGCUAAGACUGCUAAGAGGAUGGCUUUACUUGCCGAAGCUGAGCGUCUUAAAUCUAAGAAGGAGAAGCUUGAUAAGAAAAGGAAGACCGUGUCUAAGGAGGAAGCUUCUGCCAUUAAGGCAGCAGGAAAAGCAUGGUACAACACCAUGGUCUCAGAUUCUGAUUAUACAGAAUUCGACAACUUCUCCAAGUGGUUGGGUGUUUCACAGUGA